UCAUGCCCGAGAAACAAAAGGUGCCGCAGGUUCCGGAAACCCUCUUGAAAAAGAGGAAGAAGUUUGAGGAGUUGAGGGCCAAGAGGGCCAAGGCUGUCCUCCAGGAGAGAAGGAAAGCUCGAGAAAAGAGGAAGGUUAUCUUCAAACGCGCUGAGCAGUACGUGAAGGAGUAUAGGGUCAAGGAGAGGGAUGCCAUCAGGCUCGCUCGCCAGGCCAGAAAACAUGACAACUUCUACGUGCCAGCCGAACCCAAAAUUGCCUUUGUGGUCCGAAUCCGAGGUAUAAAUGGUGUUCAUCCAAAGCCGCGAAAGGUGAUGCAGCUGUUCCGCUUGAGACAAAUUAACAAUGGAGUGUUCAUCAAACUGAACAAGGCCACUCUGCACAUGUUGAGGAUAGCCCAGCCCUACAUCACAUGGGGAGAGCCCACACUAAAGAGCAUCCGGGAGUUGAUCUACAAGCGAGGCUACGGCAAAGUGGACAAAAGGCGAAUCCCUCUCACAGACAACGCCAUCAUUGAAAAAAAUCUAGGGCAAUACGGGAUUAUCUGUAUGGAGGAUUUGAUUCACGAGAUCAUCACGUGCGGAGAAAACUUCAAACAGGUGACCAACUUCCUGUGGCCAUUCAAACUGAACACGCCGAACGGCGGCUGGAGGCGAAAAUACAACCAUUUCAACGACGGCGGUGACUUCGGGGCAAGGGGAGAGAAAAUUAACACGCUCCUUAAAAGAAUGAUUUAAAAGAAAUGCUUCGGUAUGGACUACCCCUGGCGACAGACUUGUAAAAUUGCAAAGGGAGAUAACUCUUCGAUUGACCGAAUCUGUUUUCGGUCACUAUUAAAGAUUCCAUCUGAAGACGA